AUGCGAGCUGGACGCUUCGUCUGUGUGGGAAUUCCCGUCCUACUCACGAUAGGUGCUAUUGUGUCCUACCUGAUCGCCGCCCUCUCCGGUGUCGCCCACAACAGCGUCUACCUCUUCAAGGUCGAUCUUUCCAAACUCGACAUCGAUGAGAACAGCAUCAGCAACUUCGUUUCCGAAAACCUCGGUAUACUAGGUCGUGAUGCCGAGGAGAUUCGAGGUAUUACUGCAUCCAACCUGGGCUUCGGUGAUUCUUACGAUGUCAACCUCUGGGGAUACUGCAUGAACAAGAAUGGUACCGACCGAGAGUGCACCAAAGCUCAGUUCGACUGGGCCAGCACCAGAAUUAAGAAGGACUUCCUCGACCCCAUUGCUGGAAAGUCAGUCGAGCUCCCCAGCGAGAUGAAGUCUGCUCUUAAUGUUUUUACUACCGUUACCAAGUACACCGAGAUCGCCUUCAUCAUCGCCCUUGUUUCGCUGGGUGUCGAGCUGUUGGUCGGUAUCUUCUCCAACUGCACAAGAAUCAUUUCUUGCCUCACCACUUUGAUCGGCAUUGUGGCCAUCCUUUUCUCUCUCGCCGCUUCCGGUCUUGCCACUGGAAUGGCUGUCGUUGUCGUCAGCGCUAUCAAGACCAUCGGCAAGCCUUACGGUGUUGAGGGUAGCUUCAACGGCAACUUCCUCGCUUGUAUCUGGAUCGGUUUCGCCUUCUCCCUCGCCGCUGGCCUGUUCUGGCUCUUCACCAUCUGCUGCUGCAAGCCUGACCACCGCGAGAAGCGCCGCAGCGAUGGCGAGAAGCUCAUCCCCAGCUCCGGCUACUACCCCAUCGGCAGUGACAACGAGAUGACCAGCGGCCACGGCUACCACAACCAGUACCAGCCCUCGUACAACAAGAACUCCAGGACCCACGGCCACAGCAACUCUGAUGUUGCUUACGAGCCAUUCUCCCACCGCGCAUAA